AUGAGAGAGAUUGGCUUUUGGUGCUCCGGGCAAGAAGACCCAAGCGGCAAUACUUCGGAUGCCACCCGAUUGAAUCCUCUGGCGCUCGUUGAUGACGUUUGGUUUGCUGAGAGCGAUCCCGAUUUGCUUCAGAAGAUUGGGUGGUACCUCACUCGAGCUUUUGUAGAAAGCCACGAGUUUGCGUACAGCUUCUGUCGGUUCUCGACAUGCUCGUUGGCGCUGGAGCAGCCUCGAGUUAUGGGCGCAUGCACGAUGACCGACGGGGUUUACUGCUGGCCUGAGGGAUACUGGCACUACAUAGAUCACCACCAUGUGAAGCCACCGCAGGAAUUCCUGGAUCACGUGUUGAACAGCUAUGACACAUUAGUCGAGAUGACGAGAAAGUCUCGGAACGAGAAAAAACUACUGCUUUGGGACUGCACUGAGCACGAAGCUGUAAAUAUGCCCCAGGGCAUGCUGGAAUGGAUCACGAGCUACACAACUGUUCAAGUUGAUCUGUGA